AUGCUCAUGGAGAAGGCCAAAUGGUUUGCUGUGGUCUUCGGAGAAGAAAGCUUCACUGGUGGCACUGGUUCGCAGCAGCGAUUUAAGAGUCGCUACAGCAUCGUCGGAAAUACCCUUUCGGGCGAAAGCGAGGCGACUAGCACAAGUCACAUAGAGAAGUGGCUGUCCGAGGAGUGGCCAACUAUUCCCGACAGCUUUUCGCCGUCGCAGAUAUUCAACGCAGAUGAGAGGGCACUGUUUUGGCAAAUGCUGCCAAACAAGUCUCUGCAUCUGAAAAGCACUGCAUGCCAUGGUGGAAAGAACCGCAAAGUUCGCGUAUCGAUUUUGCUUGCUGCAAAUAUGGAUGGGUCAUGCAAACUACGGCCGUUUGUUAUCGGAAAGAGCAGGUCACCACGCUGCUUUAAGAACGAGAAAGGCCUCCCGGUUCGAUACGCGUCCAAUAAGAAAGCUUGGAUUACACACGACUUUUUCGUUGAGUGGCUACAGGCGUGGGAUGCCGAACUGGAGAAGUCUGGUCGCAAAGUUUGUAUUCUUGACAACUGUUCGGCCCAUCAUGUUGUCUGCCCAUUAAAGCAGAUCCCCCUCAAGUUUCUGCCGCCAAACCCAAUGGAAAAACUUCAGCGUCUCGACCAAGGCAUUGUGAAAGCGUUUAAGGUUGGAUACAGACGACGACUGGUGCAGAGGCUCCUAAUCAACCUUCGAUUAGGAAUCGAACUCAAGGUGGACCUCCUCGGAGCCAUUCAAAUGCUGGCUGGUGCUUGGAACGACGUGAAGAAAAGCACAAUUGUGAACUGCUUCCGCAAAACAGACUUUGUGGUAGCUGCAGACGAUGGAUGUCUUGACAGUGAAGACGAUGACUCUGGAUGCCUGGACAGCGAAUUUCGUGAGCUCUCGGAAUUCCCAGGCGCCAUCCCAGGCAGCGUUACAGCACGCAACUUCGUCAGCACUGACGACGGCGUGCAAGCUGUAGCGGAUCGCGCUGAUGCGGAGAUUGUGGCUGACACAUGGGUGACGAGGACGCAGACUUGA